GGUGACAUAAGCCCGUUUUCAAGCACAACUCUAGCCACUGUUAUAUUUGCUAAUAAACGCGAAAUGGGACUAAAAAGCUAUGAAUUCAUUUAACAACUUAAAUCAACAAAAAGGUUAUUUUCGGAAGUACUACCCCUCCGUCUCUUCGGGCAAGUCCAGGCAGAGCUUUUUUUUGGCUGACGUUUGAUGGUUCAGUGUUGGGUUGGUGUGACUUAGUAAACUACAUUUCACAACUUGUAAGCCCAACACAGCUCAACGAGUCAGGAACCACGAUAGUACUGCAGUUAAUUUCUUUUAUUAAAAAACCAUGCACCAACGAUGACACUAUUACCCGUGAAGAAGUGGAUAAACUGCACUCCGAGAUGGCUAUAAUCAAGGGAGAACUAACUCGCCUAAUCGAAUUAUUCACACCCAAACCGGGCUCUUUAAUAACUCAAAACCCGCCUACAACAACGGAUGUACCAGCGCUGUCUCGUUCCUCUAUUGGCCAAGCGAGUGAGGAGGAUAUCCCGAAUGGGCAAAGGAGGAGUUCGUCACCAUUUCUGCUCACCUGCACGCCGAGGAAAGAUACGCGUACUCAAGUAAACAACAAUUCAGCUUCUUUCAACUUUAUUCCAGCUUCCCGAAAUAAUGAGGAGGAUAUCUACCUUAUUUCAGGGGCUAAACCGAAAAGGCAACCGCCGGAAAAGACAUAUGGCGCAAAAAUUAAAUCCAGCGCCCACAUUAAUUCCAAAACUUCAGGUACUGUUCAUUACAAGCCCGCUAAGGGCCCCUAUGACAACUUAUCGCAUUACAAUGUAGAAAAAUUGUUAAAAAUGCCAUUUGACUUUGACAAUAGCAAUAAUGCGAACAGUAAGGGGCAAGUGACUCAUGAUUAUUACAACUCUUUAAAGCAAAUGAUAUUUGGUUUUGGGAAUAAGUUGACCAAAAUAAAGCAUUGCAAGUUGAAAAUAUGUAUUUACGGCGAUGCUUGAAUUGCCAUGUAGUCCCUAUGGGACUCCGUUUCUUCAAAAGACCUAUGGGUAUAGAGAUGAAUGCUUCUAAUGUAAAAAAAUGCAAUGACAUGUUUAAUGCUUUUGGGGAACAGUUUAUGCAGUUUAUUAUAGAUAACAAUGAUGAAAAAUUGACUGUUUUAAUUUCUGAAGUAGAAAACAUGGAUAAUGCAAUACGAGAUGACAAGCUAUUUCCACAAUGGGAAAAGUUAUUUUAUAAACAGUAUGAUUAUGCGGAAAAUGCAAGUAAGAGUAUGUUUACUAAAAAAUGCAAAAAGCUAGAGCGUGAUAUGCAGCAAUAUGAACAAGGGGUAGCAUUUAGGUGGAACAACAAGGAUAGAGUGAGACCGAGGGAAACAUACAAGGGAGAUAGUAGAGAUAUACCUCAGAAAGAUGUACCACAAUAUUGCAAUGAAGAGGUUUUUUUAGAAGACGAAGAGCAAAACAAGUGGUAUACAGUACAUCGGAAGGGGAGGGGGGUCCCCAGGUGGAACAAGCACAGAUAACACAGAUUUUAGACAAUGCCAUUGUACACAAUAACACAGCCCCAAGUGACUAUGCAUACAAGGACAAUAUAGACAAUGGACUAGGUCCUCAUAUUAUAAUUGAUGAGGGAGAUGUCAAGAUUUAUAAUUAUAGCACCUAUGAAGUACCACUAGAACUGGCGCAAGUAUUCUCAAAAGGCAUGAAGUUCAUACCUGACAAAUCACUGGAUUUGGUGGAUGUUUUGGUUGAAGUAAAGUUAUUCCUAAGAAAAAUAAAUCUAGGGAUAUUUAUUUUAUUUAUUUAUUUGAAGUUUGUUUACCAGGAUAAUCCAU